GAGCAUAAUAAUGGUAUAUCCCCACUACCAUGGAUGACCUCUCAUGUCGUUCGAACUACUCGCAGAGAUAAAUGUGUACGUUGAGGCCUACGUCGCUUUUAGUAUCGGCAGAAGUAAAGAGCAGUGAAGUCAGAGGCGGAUUGGUUCCUUGCUAAUGAAAAGUGCAAUUUUAAUUUAAAAAAUUGACAUAUCAUCAAUCAAAUCGAAGACAGGAUGGAGGUGCUACAGCGACCAGUCGUGGUCGUCAUCGUGAAUCACAGCAGAAGAUAUUUACUACUUGCUAUGAUAGUGGUGUUCUACCUGCUAUCGGUGGUUUCCGGUCAAUUGGACUUGCCACCUUUACCGGAUGAAACCGACAGACUCGUUGGCAGACAAAGUGUCGACUAUCAGGAUUACAGAAAUGUCCUGGCUAGUUUGGAUUUUAUUGGCACUACUCGCUGCAGCAAUAAUGUUGCCUAUCAGUGGGCCUAUGAGACCAAUGUGAAUGUAAAUAGUCAACUGGACGCGCUUGAAGCGCAGAGAAAAUACGCAGAGUUUCAAAACAGAGCUUGGCAGAUGAUCAAUAAAUUGGAUCUAAGCAAGAUCAGAGAUCCUGCAGUUAGAAGACGUCUGAGAUACUUAUCUGUUGUUGGGCCUGCUGCACUUCCACCGGAUCAAUUCGAUAGAUACAACAGAAUUUUGAAUGACUUACUCACGAUAUAUAACAGCGCAUCCAUAUGUGGUUACAACGAUCCUUUCAGAUGCGAUCUUCGUUUGUAUCCAGAUUUAUCACGUAUCAUGGCGCAAAGUCAUAACUGGGAAGAAUUGCAAUACGUCUGGACCGAAUGGCGUAGAAGAAGUGGUGCACCGAUGAGAGAGCUUUAUCAACAGCUUGUACAGCUGAACAACGAAGCAGCGAGAUUAAACAACUUUACGGAUGCUGCAGAAUAUUGGAUGUUUCCGUACGAGACGUAUAAUUUUGAGAUGGAGAUUGAUGACGUAUGGGAGUCAAUACGUCCUCUUUACGAAGAACUGCAUGCUUACGUGAGAAGGAAGCUAAGAGACCUAUAUGGUCCAGAGAAGAUAAAUCCACAAGCACCUCUCCCAUCGCAUAUUCUUGGAAAUAUGUACGCACAAUCCUGGAGCAACAUCUUGGACAUUACUCUGCCUUAUCCAGGAAAAAGAUAUCUGGACGUCACUCAAGAGAUGCAAGAACAGGGUUAUACGCCACUGCACAUGUUUCAAAUAGCUGAGGAAUUUUAUCUCUCUUUGAAUCUGAGCGCGAUGCCACCAGAAUUCUGGUACAAGAGUAUCUUCACGGAUCCAGAAGACGUUCCAUUGAUCUGCGAAGCUUCUGCCUGGGACUUUUGCAACAGAGUGGACUACAGGAUCAAAAUGUGCACAAAGGUCACAAUGAAGGAUUUAAUUACCGUUCAUCAUGAAAUGGCACACAUUGAGUAUUUCCUACAAUAUUCUGGACUUCCACGAGAAUUUCGCGAUGGCGCCAAUCCAGGAUUUCACGAAGCUGUCGGUGAAGCUGUUGCCCUUAGCGUCGCGACGCCUCGUCAUCUACAAACUCUUGGACUUGCCAAUAUUUUCGUGGAGGAUCCUAUGACCGAUAUCAAUUAUCUCUUCACUUUGGCUAUGGAUAAACUCGUUUCCUUGCCGUUCAGCAUCACUAUGGAUAGAUGGCGCUGGGAUGUUUUUCACGGUAAUGUUAAUCGGGAGGAAUGGAACUGUCAUUGGCAUCGAUUGAGGGAACUAUACUCUGGCGUGAAACCACCUGUACUUAGAUCUGAAGAUGAUUUUGAUCCUGGCGCUAAAUACUCCAUACCAGCCAACAUCCCUCACAUUCGUAACUUCGUUGCUGGGGUACUCCAGUUUCAGUUGUACCGUUCACUCUGUCAGGCAGCUGGACAAAGAUUCUCAGAUGAGUCGCGUAAGCCGUUGCACAAAUGUGAUUUCUAUCGAAGUCCCGAAGCUGGCCGAGUAUUGAGAAAAAUAAUGGAAAAGGGGUCUUCCAGACCCUGGCAGGAAACCCUUCAGGAGGCAACAGGCGAAUCCAGACUCAAUGGUGAAGCACUUCGAGAAUACUUCAGACCUUUGGAGGAUUGGCUGAGGGCAGAAAACUUGCGAACCGGCGAAAUUGUUGGCUGGUCUAACGAUGGCGAUUACUGCAAGCGCAGCAUAGAGACUGCAGGCCUCCAGGUAUACGGUAGCGGAUUCUACAACUCCGCCUUCUCAGUCCUCUCCUCGACGACGUACGCAACAACCGCGUCACUCCUAGUUCUGCUUCACCUUCUCCUGUCCCGCUAAAGGAUCGUCCAAGAAGCCAAGCUAAUCUGAACCGAGGAAGACGAUCAGGAGGAUUCGAUGCGCAUGGGAAUUGCGGAGAAAAGUUAAAGAAAUCAAAUCGCCAAUGCAUUUGGAAAAAAAAUUUUUUUUAAGAAAAAAUAAUCGUUUCCCAGUGAAAGGGUCGAUGUGAAUUUUCUUCUUAAUUGAGUAAGCAAUUAGAGUAUAUAUAUAUGUAUAUAUAAACCUGCUCGAGAUGGGAAUUGAGUAAUUGCAAAGUGGAUUCGAUUAAAUCGAAGAUGGAAGUGUGUAUAUGUCGAGUAUGUGUAUUUCUGCGUUAAUGCUUAUAUGGGAAUCGAUGUGAAGCAUGUUUUUUUUUACUUAUAAUUGUAAUAGCAGCCAAUGGGAUCGUUCGGUACGAACGCUAUACGUUUAAAGUUGGUCCUUUGGAAUUCUUGAAUUGCGGAAGUGACAGCGUGUAUGUACGUUGACUUCCGGCGGUCCAAUUGACCAAUUACCCAGGCAUCUUUCUUCGACGACAGCUGCUAUCCAAGCAGCGCAACGUAGCUCGGAUGUGUCCGAAAACUGGUCCUUCCAGUUUUGCGUAAUCGGAAGGCUCGAGAAGUCGAUCCUUUCCGCGAAAUGUCAGGCGAACAAUGUGCGCCACGGCUACCCGGAAGCCCAGUUGCUUUCACCCGUUUUAUAUCUGCAAAUCGGUAUUCGAAUGGAAUUUGCAAAAAAAAAAAACGUUUGAGCAGAGCCAGUAGCUAUCCAAAGUUCUGACUGCUUCGACAGGUCGUCUAUUUAUUUAAACAAUUGUCAUUGAGAUCCGUUCAUCACGUAAUAAUUAUUUAUAUAGUAAGUAAAAUAAUAAGUAAAAUUUAUAAAUAAACACCUGAUAGAAUAAACUCUGUGAAGUGAA